ACUUUUAACUUGUUGUUUUGCCUGAAGCCACCUCGGGAGCCUUGUCACUGCGUUGGAAGAGCCCGUGCCCUUGUCCCCGCUCCCCGCCUUGAGUGGCUUCGGCGAGCGCGACCUGCCAAAAACGCCUUAUCCUUCCGAGCACCGUCCUGCAAGAUCGGGGAUCACAGGCUUCUUCCAAAACUUCUUGCCCUAGGGAAGGCUGCCCAUAGCUGCUUUAUGGGGCAGCAGCCUGGAAAAGUCCUUGGGGACCAAAGGAGACCGAGUCUGCCUGCCCUGCACUUUAUCAAAGGAGCAGGGAAGAAGGAAUCAUCCAGGCAUGGGGGCCCGCACUGUAAUGUCUUUGUGGAACAUGAAGCCCUACAGAGGCCGGUGGUGUCCGAUUUUGAGCCGCAAGGUCUGAGCGAAGCCGCUCGCUGGAACUCCAAGGAAAACCUCUUGUCCUGCCCGAGCGAAAAUGACCCCCAUCUCUUCGUUGCACUGUACGACUUUGUGGCAAGUGGGGACAAUACCCUGAGCAUAACUAAAGGUGAGAAGCUCCGUGUCCUGGGCUACAACCAUAACGGGGAAUGGUGCGAGGCCCAAACGAAGAACGGCCAGGGCUGGGUCCCCAGCAACUACAUCACCCCCGUGAACAGCUUGGAGAAGCAUUCCUGGUACCACGGGCCCGUGUCCCGCAACGCUGCCGAGUACCUCCUGAGCAGCGGCAUCAACGGCAGCUUCCUCGUGCGCGAGAGCGAGAGCAGCCCGGGCCAGAGGUCCAUCUCGCUGAGAUACGAAGGGAGGGUUUACCACUACAGGAUAAACACUGCGUCCGAUGGGAAGCUGUACGUCUCCUCGGAGAGCCGCUUCAACACUUUGGCAGAGCUGGUCCAUCACCACUCGACGGUGGCCGACGGCCUCAUCACCACGCUGCACUACCCGGCCCCCAAGCGCAAUAAACCCACCAUCUACGGAGUGUCCCCCAACUACGACAAGUGGGAGAUUGAACGCACCGACAUCACCAUGAAGCACAAGCUGGGCGGAGGGCAGUAUGGAGAAGUGUACGAAGGAGUCUGGAAGAAGUACAGCCUCACGGUGGCUGUGAAAACGCUAAAGGAGGAUACCAUGGAGGUGGAAGAGUUCUUGAAAGAAGCCGCAGUAAUGAAGGAGAUCAAGCAUCCGAACUUGGUGCAAUUAUUAGGGGUGUGCACGCGGGAACCUCCAUUCUACAUCAUCACGGAGUUCAUGACUUACGGGAACCUGCUGGAUUAUCUGCGCGAGUGUAACCGGCAGGAGGUGAACGCCGUGGUGCUGCUCUACAUGGCAACCCAGAUCUCCUCGGCCAUGGAGUAUCUGGAGAAGAAAAACUUCAUUCACAGGGAUCUUGCUGCCAGAAACUGCCUUGUAGGAGAGAACCACUUGGUGAAGGUGGCAGAUUUUGGCCUGAGCAGGCUCAUGACGGGUGACACGUACACUGCCCACGCCGGAGCAAAAUUCCCCAUCAAGUGGACUGCCCCGGAAAGCCUGGCCUACAACAAGUUCUCCAUUAAAUCCGACGUCUGGGCCUUCGGCGUGCUGCUGUGGGAAAUCGCGACAUACGGCAUGUCCCCGUACCCGGGCAUCGACCUGUCGCAGGUCUACGAGCUGCUGGAGAAAGACUACCGCAUGGAGCGCCCCGAAGGAUGUCCCGAGAAAGUCUACGAGCUCAUGAGAGCGUGCUGGCAGUGGAGCCCUUCAGACAGGCCCUCGUUUGCUGAGAUCCACCAGGCCUUUGAAACGAUGUUUCAGGAAUCCAGCAUAUCGGAUGAGGUGGAGGAGGAAUGGGGAAAGAAGUGCACUAGGAGUGUAGUGAGUAACUUUCUGCAAGCCCCGGAGUUACCAACCAAGACACGAACAUCAAGGAGAGCUGCUGAAAGCAAAGAUGCCAAUGAGAGCUUGGAGAUCACCCAUGCUCGUGGCCAGGGGGAAUGUGACCCUCUGGACCAUGAACCUGCCAUUUCUCCCUUGCUUCCGCGGAAGGAAAGGGUGGCCAUGGAAAGCAAUUUGAAUGAAGAUGAGAGGUUGCUUCCGAAAGAUAAAAAACCCAACCUCUUCAGUGCCCUUAUCAAGAAGAAGAAGAAGACGGCCCCAACUCCCCCCAAAAGGAGCAGUUCCUUCAGAGAGAUGGACGGCCACGCGGACCGCAAGGCCGGAGGGGACGAGGAGGGCAGGGACGCUGGCAACGGGGCUCUCAUUGCGCCUCCCACAGACGCAACCGACCCCUCCAAAUUUCAGAGCCCGAGCAACGGGGCUGGCGUCACCAACGGGGUCGUCGCCGGCAACUCUGGGUUUUUAUCUCCACAUUUACGCAAGAAAUCCAGCACGAUGAGCAGCAGCCGCGGAGCGGCCGGCGACGAGGAGAGUGGUUCCAACGCGAGCAAGCGUUUCUUGCGCUCCUGCUCGGCCUCCUGCGUGCCCCACGGGGCGAAGGACACUGAGUGGAAGUCCGUGACGCUGCCUCGGGAUCUGCAGUCCACGGGGCGCCAGUUUGACUCCUCCACCUUCGGCGGGCACAAAAGCGAGAAGCCAGCGCUGCCUCGGAAGCGGGCGAACGAGGCCAAGACUGAUGCUGCCCUCCGGGGAACGGUGACCCCCCCUCCCCGGCUGCUGAAGAAGAAUGAAGAGGCCACUGAUGAGGUGUUCAAAGAUGCAGAGUCCAGUCCCGGCUCCAGCCCUCCCACUCUGACACCGAAACUUGGCCGUAGGCAGCCAGCCGGCCCUCCUUCCUCCAGUGUGCUCCACAAGGAUGAUGGAGUCAAAUCCAGUGCCUUAGGUACCGCUGUGACGAUGGACCAAGGUUCUGCUGCCAAACCCAACGCUGCUGGGUUUGCAGGUGCCAACAAGGCUUCUGCCGAGGAGCCGCGGAUGAGGAGGCUCAAGCAGAGCUCGGAGUCAGCGGGGAAGGACAAGGGGAAGUUAUCGAAGCUGAAACCAGCCCCUCCGCUUCCCCUCUCGUCGUCCUCCAUUGGCAAGCCCGGAAAAGUCUCCCACAGUCCCAGCCACGAAGCAGCGGCGGAUGUGGGGACCGGCCUGAAACCCAAACAGUUGACUCAGGUUGCAGACGCUGCGAGCAGUGACGCCGUCAAGCCAAACCAGCCGGGGGAAGGCGGGAAAAAGCUGGGGAUCCCCUCGGUACCAAAGCCCCAGGCCUCUACCAAGCUCCUGCUGAGCACAGCAGCCCCGACUGCCACCUCCUCAUCCGUCCCCUCUGCCCCAAGUGGGGAUCAGCCAUCAUCCACGGCCUUCAUCCCUCUCAUAUCCACGAGGGUCUCGCUGCGGAAGACCCGGCAGCCCCCGGAAAGGAUUGCCAGCGGCACCAUCACUAAAGGGGUGGUCCUGGAGAGCACCGAGGCUCUGCGCGUCGCCAUCAGCAAGAACUCGGAGCAGAUGGCGAGCCACAGCGCCGUGCUGGAGGCGGGCAAGAACCUCUACACCUUCUGCGUGAGCUACGUGGACUCCAUUCAGCAGAUGAGGAACAAGUUUGCCUUCCGUGAGGCCAUCAAUAAGCUGGAGAACAACCUGCGGGAGCUUCAGAUCUGCCCCGCCACGGCCGGCAGCGGCCCUGCAGCCACCCAGGACUUUAGCAAACUUCUCAGUUCUGUGAAAGAAAUCAGUGACAUUGUUCAGAGGUAGCAGAAGCCGGGUGGAAAACAACAACAGCAAAAAAAAAAAAAAAAAAAAA